CAUUUUCUCACAUAUACUUCACACAAAAGAAACAUCCAUUCACUUCAUAACUUGUCAUUUCUUCCCCCUCUCUCUCUCUCUCUCAUCUCAAUGUGAAAUCUCUCUGCAACUACCCCCACACAAAUUGAUCAAAACCCAUCUACUAAAAAUACCCAGAAAUCCCUCCAACACCUGAAAAUCCCUAACCCUAAUCAGAUCACCAAGGAAGCUAGCUGACUAGCUCACACAAUACAUAUAUACAAACACACACUGUUAUUUCCCAGCACAAGGAAGAAGAAAGUGCUCAUAGACAUACAGGAGGGAAUCAUAAACAAGCUACACACACACACACACACACACACACACACACACACACACACACACACACACAUAUCUACAUAGGGCUUGGGAGAAGGAAAUUUAGAGAAGGAGGUGGGGAGAUCAAUUAUUGAUGGAGCUGUUCCCUGCACAACCAGACUUAUCUCUACAAAUUAGCCCUCCAAACAGCAAACCCUUGUCCUCCUCCUCAUCAACUAGUUGGAGGAGAAGCAGUCAUCAUAGUCAUCAGGAGGAGAUGGAUUUGGGGUUUUGGAAGAGAGCCUUGAAAUCCCGAAACUCCACCUUCGAUGAGCUUUUGAACACCAAUCAUCGUCCCCACCACUGCAGUAAUAUUAAAACCAGUACUAGCUGUAAUGGUGGUAAUGGCAAUCUUUUCCAUCCCUUUCAGUUUCAGCAAAGCCAUUACUUUCCACAAGUUCCCCAAGCAGAUGUGCAACAACAAUUACAGCAAUCGGAAGAGCUGCUUGGGUGUUUGAGACCCAUUAGAGGAAUUCCACUCUAUCAAAACCCUCAUCCUCCUCCUCCUCCUAAUAAUUUCUUCCCAUUUUCUUCUUCACAAAAGCCGGUUAAUUUCGAUAAUAAUUCCGCAACCUCUACCUCUACAAUUUCUAGUUCAACCCCACUAUUUCAAGCAGCUGCUUAUCAUCAUCAUCGUCAAGGUCAUCAUGGUGGUCUUCUAAGAUCCCAAAUUUUCUCUCGGUUUCCGGCCAAACGAAGCAUGAGAGCCCCUCGGAUGCGUUGGACUACUACUCUUCAUUCCCGCUUUGUUCAUGCAGUUGAGCUUUUGGGUGGCCAUGAAAGGGCAACACCAAAGUCAGUUCUUGAGCUAAUGGAUGUCAAAGAUCUCACCUUGGCACAUGUUAAAUCUCACUUACAGAUGUACCGGACGGUGAAAACCACUGAUAAAGCAGCGGCCUCUUCAGGACAAAGUGAUGUAUAUGAAAAUGCUUCAUCUGGGGACACCACUGAAGACAUAAUGUAUGAACUUCAGAACCCAAGAAGGUCUUGUGAGCAGCUACCAUCACCUCAGCAGGGUUCAAGAUCGACUACUGUUCAAAAUAAUAAGGAGUACUACGGCCUCUGGAGCAAUUCUUCAAGCAGAGAAGCUUGGUUGCAUGCAAACCCAAAUGAUUCUGCAUCUGCAAAUAUUAUAACGUCUCUCGAUGAUCAGGAGAGGGAGGACCUGAACAUGAUGGAUCCGAAAGGAUUAAGCUAUGAGAGAAUAUCAGAUGUAAGCAGCUCCUCAACAAACAUUUCAGCAGGAGGGACAAGCUUAAGCCCCAGGAAGCCCAAUUUGGAGUUCACUUUGGGCAGGUCACAUUGAAAUUGAAUAGGGAAAUAAUUAAAUCAAAUUAAACCUAAUUCAAUUUCCAUGUUUUUAAAAUCAUAUAUAUGUGUGUGUUAUGUCUCUGAUGUCUGGAUGAAUGGGGGCUGCCAUGGGAGAGAUGAGAAUCAGGUACCGCGCUCAUGAAAUCAGAGGGACAAAGAAAAAAAAGAAAAAGAAGAGUAAAGGCAGAGCUAAAGAAAGACAAGGAGACAAGAAAGACACAAAAGAAAGCAACAAAAAAAGCAUGUCCCUCCUUCCUAUCAAUCUCCAAGAUUCUGAUCAAAUAUAUUAUUCCUACUUAUAUAUAUCAACGGAAAGCCAAUUUGGUUUCUCAA